AAAAAAAGUGAGAGAGAGAGAGGGAGAGACAGCUCUAAAAACUUGGUUAGAUUUUGUCAGUUGGCGCUAAGCAGUCAGUGCAAGCAACAAGUCUUUCCGACUUUUUAGUUUCUUCCUGAAACCAAAUAUAUAUUUUUAAAACUAACUCAAUAUGCCUCCUAAAUUCGGCGGUGGUGAAAAGUGUGGUAUCUGCAUGAAAAGUGUGUACCCUCAAGAGAGAAUGGAAGCAGGGAAUAUCAAAUACCAUAAGCUUUGCUUUAAAUGUUCUAAAUGCAACAUGUCUCUAAACCUCAAUAAUUAUGCACAAGCCGAAGGAAUCUUGUAUUGUAAGAAACAUUACCAAGACAUUGUCGUCGCCAAGAACACACAGACACCUGUUGUUUAAAUGUAGGUUUAUUCAUCAGCAAUAACAACAACAGCUACUACAAAAUGGCAUGUGACGUAAUUAUAUCAGCUCCAUAGUUUUGAACAAGUGCCUUUAACAAGAACUGGAAAGAUUUUUUUCUUCUUUUGUUGUUUUUGAUUUACAUUCAUCCUCCUUACUUAAGCUUCUUGUUACAGUCGGCAAAAAAAAAAAAAAAUGCUGACUAAGCAUCAUGCAUAUUUGGUCAAGCGUCACAAGUUUUAAUUAGUUAAAAUAUAAUUUAAGUUUUGAAAAAUGCCAAAAAUAUAAUAAAAAUAAAAAUAAAAUAAACUAAUGAUAAAAAUUCAUUUUUAUUCAACUC